AGGACUCUAGACAAUUACCACGAUAUUUAGCCACAGAAAAAAAUGCAACAGUGCAGUUGUGAUGAUUUUGGAACAACGCAGCCCACUAUCAGCCGUGCAAUAUCACAGACAAUUGAUGCACUGGCUGACCCAGAAAUAAUCUGCCAGUUCGUGGCUUUCCCUCACACCCAGCGUGAAGUGCAGCAAAAACAGGCAGAGUUCAUGCAAGUAACUCAGUUUCCCGGUGUUGUGGGAGUGAUUGAUGGCACUCAUAUAAGAAUUGUGUCUCCUCAUGUCGAUGAACAUGUAUAUGUGAACAGGAAACGCUAUCACAGCAUAAAUGUGCAAGUAGUAUUUGAUGCUCACUAUAAGAUUCUUGACAUUGUGGCAAGGUGGCCUGGCUCAGUCAACGAUGCAAGAAUACUAGAUAAGUCAGCACUCAAACUGAUGUUUGAGGAACAACAUGUACCUGCAGGAUGCUACCUUCCCGGGACAGUGGCUAUCCCUGUAAGCAGUGGCUCCUCACUCCUUACCUUCGCCCUCAAACUGUUGCACAAGCUAAUUAUAACAGUUCCAGUACCUUACGAUGCAGCCGAGGGGACUGACGCCACCACCACCACUGCCACCACCGCCACAACAAGGGUUAUUCGAGUGGGGAACAUGCUUCAGGUGUUGCCCCAAGAUGCCUCAGCCCCGCAGCCCCACUUCCCCAUGAUAGUGCAGGCAGGGAAUGUCAUACAGGUUGUUCCAGCUGACAACACGCAGGUAUUAGGGGCAGAAGUUGUUGGAGUUGGUCGGGUCAUGCAAGUGGUUGGAGUCCCAGGCUUUCCCCCGACCCCAGCCCCAGACCCCUGCCCCAGCCACCCCUCUCCCUGUGACCCCUGCCCAGUCAUCCCUCACCCCCUCCUGCCCCCCUGCGGUGCUGCCAGCGGGGGUGAUGGGAGGUGGAGGUGGGCCACACACACCUGGGUUAGCUGUGGCUUGGCUUAUCUCCCUCCUCAGCAGCAAAUCCCGAGGAUCAACGAGGACAUGGUGGACCCAGAGAUUGCAGCAGCAGCCGAGAGAGAGAGAGAGAAGCAAGAGAGGAAGGAGAGAAGGGAGAGGAGGAGGAGAGAGAGGGAGGCCAGGAGGGAGGCACGUCAGAGAGAGAGGGAGAGGAAGAGGUUGAUUCUGUUACAACAACAACUGCAACAACAACAACAGUUAGUCAGUGAGGAGGGGGAGGGGCCGUCCUCUGAUGCUGAGGAUGAGGUAUUGUUCAGGGAGGCCAUGUCGGAGGUGCCGGUGGUGGGGUCGCCAGUUCCGGAGUACGAGGUGGAGGAGGAAAAGGAAGAGGAGGACGAGGAGGAGGCACGGAUAAGGAAGAAGAAAAGAUUAUUACCUGUAGCCCUCCCUCCAGCUGAUAAGGGGAUAUUAAGGAGCCCUUCCUACAGGUUCGUUCGAUGCAAGGAGUUGGCACAGGAGGCGUCCGAGGCUGUGUAGAGCGGCCGUCUGAACCUGGUGCCACAGCUUACUAUGUUCAACAGGUGCGUGUGUGUGUGUGUGUGUGUGUGUGUGUGUGUGUGUGUGUGUGUGUGUGUGUGUGUGUGUGUGUGUGUGUGUUUUGUGUGGUCAUUUCACUAUCUAUCUAUCUGUUUAGUUUGUCUCCAUCUGUCUGUCUUUCUGUCAUUGGUCUGUCUGUCUGUCUGUGUAUUGCAAUGAUUUUUCAGUUAUGUAUUUUAUUUUUUAUUCUUGUGUACUUGUGUCUGUCUGUCUGUAUGUAUGUAUCAGUCAGUGAGUCAGUCAGUCAGUCACUCAGUUAGUCAGUUAGUCAGUCAUUCAGUCAGUCAGUUAGUCAGUCAUUCAGUUAGUUAGUGAGUUAGUCAGUCAUUCAGUCUGUCAGUCACUCACACAGUGUUAAUCCUCCUCUUCCUCCUCCUCCUCCUCCUCCUCCUCCUCCUCCUCCUCCUCCUCCUCCUCCUCCUCCUCCUCCUCCUCGUCCACCUCCUCCUCCUCCUCCUCCUCCUCCUCCUCCUCCUCCUCCUCCUCCUCCUCCUCCUCCUCCUGUUCCCCACCACCCCUGCCGAGAGGUGAGUGUAUGUACGUGUGUGUGUGUGUGUGUGUGUGUGUGUGUGUGUGUAGUAAUAAUAGUAAUGCUAUGUACAUAUAUAAAUACUGUUAAUAUUAUUGAUAAAAAAUAUUGAUGAUGAUGAUGAUGAUGAUGAUUCAGUGGUGAUUAUGAAAAUGUGCAUUACAAUAUAGGGUAGAUAUUAUUGUUAUUACCUGUGUGUGUGUGUGUGUGUGUGUGUGUGUGUGUGUGUGUGUGUGUGUGUGUGUGUGUGUGUGUGUGUGUGUGUGUGUGUGAGGAAUAAUUGAAUAAUUGAAUAAUUGAUGCUCUCUCCUUUGCUAUUCAUUAUAUACAUGGACAGAUGCCUGAAGGAAGUGUGUGUAAGGGAGGAUAAAGAGAUCAUGCUGGCCUAUGCAGACGAUGUCGCUGUCGUGACAGGAAGCCAACAAGAUCUUCAAGAGGCCAUGACAAGAUGGAAUGAUGUUUUAAAUAGGGAAGGAAUGAGAAUGAACAAACAAAAAACUUAUUUACUAGUGGACAAGCAACAAGUGAUGGUGUGGCUCUGAGCCACUGUAGUAGGGAUGUUAUGGUUUAAGUGUAGGAAGUUGCAAAUGCUCACCUAACAAUUGCACCUUAGUAGAAAAACACAAACAGGAAGUUUAUGCAAGUUUUUAUCCUUAUAUAAAAUGUUGUAUUGCAUCAAACCUCCAUACAUUACUGUCUCUAUCCAGUAUGAGACCGGUGUUCAGGAAGCACAAGCAUGUGCUGAAUAACAAGAAGCCGGCAUUGGUGAAGGUGACAACAUUUCAUCUAUUUAUACAUACUUUUUAUUAUUAAAGCUUAUCUUAUAAUUAUUUCUGAAGAGAUUGACUAAUUUUUGUAGUAUUUAUGACUUAGAACUAUGAUAAAGCUAUGAAUUGAUAUAAUUCCUGAUUUG